CGUGUGGGUUGCGAAUGUGAAAGUUUGGGCAGACGGAGUUCAUCGAUCAGGAUGGCUUCUAGUGUUGCAGAGCCAGAGACCGGAGCAAAUGGUUCUACUAACGCCCGCCAUCAGCAGGCAGAAAUGGUUCUGCCACGUUCCAGUGCUAUAAAGCCUUUUCCAAUUGGCCAGCCUGGACAACAGGAUAGUAGUCAAAAGAGAAGUAAACCAGGGAGAGAAGAGGUCCAACAAUCUCCACAGACACCCAGGAUAUCCACCAGCGAUAUUCAUGCCUCAGAUUCAGUUAGCAGUCCUCCUCCUGCAAUUGCCAGAUCCAAGUAGUGCCCUGCAGUGCCAACUAAACCACAGUAUUAAUAAAGUUGGACUCUGUGUCAUCUGCAGCUGCACAAAUCCAAAGCACGGAGAACCAAUUGUUGGUUGUACGGCUCCUGACAAAAUGAGCAAAUGUUUUGGGAAUGAUCUUGGUUAUUCAGUUAUACAAGUUCCCUCCGACGCACUGUCAAGGUCUAAAAUGGAUCAACUUUUGCGGGAUUUGGGAAAGGUAAAGAUGCCGAAACCACCCGAGGAGCCUUUCCGAUUCUUUUUUUAUUUCUUUGGUCAUGGCAAUAGCACUGAGAUAUGUCUCAAUGACGGCAAUUUUGAGCGUUCAAGAAUUAUAAAAGAGAUUCAAAAAAUAGAUCGAAAUUUAUGCAAAAUUGUACUGUUUGACAGUUGCCGGUUAGCUAGAAGCUCUCAAACUGAGGAAAAGGAGCAAUACCCUAAAAGUGUCAAUACCCUUGUUAUUCAUGCAAAUGAGUACAAAAGUGAAGCGUUCUACUCGACAAGUGAUAAAUUUCCUGAAAUGAAAGGAUGUGGACUGGUGACUUACUUUUUCACAAAGUUGGCCCCAAUAAGGAAUGAGCCACUCUCUGCUGUUCUAACAGAAGUUCGACGAAAUGUGGAUGAUUUUACGCAUGAGAAUACCGCAACUGCUAAUUAUCACCAAAUGCUUGUUUUUGAAGAUCGCCUCAUGUAAAAUGUUAACCUGUUAGCCGAGAGCAAAGGACAAGAACGCGUCAAGCCUUCAAUUGUACGUAUCAAAACAACAGCUUUCGUCACAACUGUACAAUGAGUAUUUCGCUUGAAUGUUGAUAAAAGAAUCAAGAGCUUCCGAGUAAAGUGUCAAGAUGAUAAUGGUCAGAAUGUGGACAUACAAGAUGUUUUAACAUUGAAAAAUGUUGCCGAAUUCAAAAAUGAGAAUCUUCUACCAUAUACAAAGUAUUUUGUACGAGUUCUAGCUCUUUACGAGGAUGAGUUCGAAUCAGAGAGUGAAGAAUCAUCCUUCAAAACAUGUGGGAAAGAAGAUGUUCCACAUCUUCCCCCAAACUCUAUUUUUCAACCAACUGGAAUUAUUUUGGGCCAGGGUGCCUAUGGUGAUGUGUUGGAGGUUUUGUACAAGGGGAAAUUGUAUGCAGCUAAAAAGUACCGAUUUACUGCUUUUAAGGCUUUCGGGCAAGAGCAUGAAAUGACAAGAAUCUGUUUUCAUCGAAACGUUGUACCUUACUACUGUAUCGGCAAAUUAGAAACGGACAAAUCAACAGUUGUUGUAAUGGAAAGAAUGGACAAAAACUUGGACACGUACCUGACACAAGGCAAGAUAGCACUCCCUGUAAAGUUUCAAAUCCUAACCGAUAUUGCAAACGGACUUAACCACCUUCACCAGCAGAAUCCUGCAAUAAUUCACAGGGAUCUUAAAGCUACCAAUAUACUAAUGUCUUCGGACGGAGUUGCAAAAAUAAGUGAUUUUGGAAACUCACGUAUUAUUGAUAGCAGUGAUAAAGCUGAACUUUUGACUUCAAAACCUGGCACUGUUGAUUAUAUGCCAUCAGAAGCAGCAGAUGGAAAUUACGAUUACACAUUGGACAUUUUUUCAUACGGCCAUCUUGCAAUCUACAUACUCUUACAACAGCUGCCAAAAAGACUCAAAAUGGCUACUUAUUAUUCUGAAGGUAGCCUAGUUGCCCGGAUCGAAGUACAGCGACGUGAGAAAUAUAUAAAUGAAGUUAAAACAAUGUUGAAGAGUGACCGACAUCCGUUUUAUCUGAUUUUGAUAAGAUGUCUUGAAAACGAUAAAAAGAAGAGGCCAAGUUGCAAAGAUAUUUUGGACUGCACUGAAAAGGAGAAACUUAUGGACCUGGAGUAGGCACCUCGUUUUGCUCCGUUCACGAACAAUUAUCACAUAAGUAAUAAUUAUGUUAUAACACACUUAGCUAAUUUUAAGUCUUUUAUAAUGUGUGUGCUCGAGAUUGAUUGCGGCUCGUG